AUGUCGAGCGCCACCGCCACGGCGCGCUCCACGCCGUGGUCCACCAAGCCGCGCGUCUCCCGCAGCGCGGCGGACGCGCUCUCGGACAUUCGCUGCGCCGCGGUGGCGCGUCGAGGGGCCAUGGCGGAGGAGCGUCUCUUCCUCCUCCGACUGACGCUGCUGCUCUUGCGCCUGCGAUUGAUUGAUGCAAUAAGAUUUGAAGCUUUCGCCAGCCUCGCGGGCUGCCCCCUCGCUUUCGGCGCGGAAUCUGCGCUGCGUGGCGCGCCGGAACGCUCCGCGUGUUUGAUGGUUGCAGGAGUUGUGUCGCCUGUUAGUGUUGCUUAUGUUUGUGCCACUGUUGUGGUCGUUGUCACCGCCGCAAUGGAGAACCGUGACAGGAGGGUGCGACUCGUGGUGAAGCUGCAGGCUGCUGCCCGGGGUUUCUUGCUGCGGGCGCGCCUGCGUGCACUACGAGGGGACUAUGAGCGCGUGGUGAGCGAGGUGCAAGGCGGCCUGGCUGGGCUCAGCUGGGUCGAGGGCCUCGUGGCCCGGCCCCAGUUCCGUAGUGGAGACGCAGAUCCAGCAGCGCCACACGCGCCUGGAGAUGUCCCGGAGCGUGACGCCACCCGGCUCCCGAGAGGUCACAAAGUGGAGAAUGCAGACCUGGAGCUUGGGGAGGGAGCCCAGGGGAUGGAGCCCCAAGCCCAAGGAAGCCCCCUGCUCACGCCGAGGGGCCCCGAGGAGGAGCCUCCGGGCACGGGGGAUCCAGCAGGUGCUGCCCCUGGGUCGGAAGGGCUCCCUCUUCUCCAGAAACCUCCACCAGUGGAGGUCAACAUGUUGGGGGAGCCCCCCUCACUGGAGCCCACGUCCUUAGAGAAUCUGCAAGAACUUCGAUCCAGCUUGGCCAUGGAGCUACUCUGGUUGCAGCAAGCAAUCGCCAGCCGCAAGAACUACCUGACCUUGCGGGGUCACGUGGCACGGCCCAGGUGAUUCGUGUGGAUCCUCUUGCAGAAGUUGCCCUUCACACCACCACGCCUCGUCCUCUACAGUGGAACUUGUCAUGUCGGAUGUGGUGGGAGGCACUGCAGCAAAAUCCCCACCGUGGUGAAGUAUGGUGGAAUAACCCUCAUUACCAACAGGGCACGAGAAGGCUAUUAUCUAGGUUGAAAAAAGUACUAAAUUAUUAUUUUUGUCAAUUUGUUGUAAAUACGUGUUUACAUGCAACACUUGUUUGAGCUGUCUUGGAUCAAAUAAAAACAUGUGAGCUUUGUAAAUGAA